CACUCCAGUCCAGUCUUCUCGUGCAACCGAAACAACAUACAAGCGGCUCAGUCUUGUUUGCUGGAAGCUCAGUGGGGAGGAGAUCAAUGGCGGGGAAGCUCUACCAGCUCAUGGCGAGGCUGCACCUGGCCAAGGGACGGGCGUCGGCGGACGUGCCCAAGGGCCACUUCGCGGUGUACGUCGGCGAGCAGCGGAAGCGGUUCGUCAUCCCGACGGCGUACCUCAGGCACCCGUCCUUCCUCGUGCUGCUCAAGCGGGUGGAGGAAGAGUUCGGCUUCGACCACCGCACCGGCGGCGGCCUCACCAUCCCCUGCUCAGAGGGCGACUUCGCCGACAUCGUCGGCGGCUGCUCAUCCUCCUCCUCCCCAUCGGUGGACUACCACUAGAUAUGUAUUGCAGCUCAUCCGACCACACCGGCGCCGGCGCAUGCAUCGGCCGGUCCAGCCAUCGAUAUGAUCCCUGCUACUUACUAGAUUGCAGUAGGACGGAUACAUUUUGUUAUUAGCUGAGGAUUAAUUCUUCUUGGAACGUGGCAUUAGUACUCAUCAAUGUACUGUUGCAUUUGCUUGAACCCUGUAAAUUACUCAUCACAUUAAGGGAUAGUUCCCAUUUCGUCA